GAGCAGUGCGGCGUCGCAUUAUUCUUACGUCGCCGCUGCGGCACCGCAACAGGCUUGGCUUGGCUUGCCCAGUUGACGACAGUCUACAAUAAACAAUGGAUCGAAAAAGACGUGUGUUGCUGCUAUUAUUACUUCGCCAUCGACGAAAUCGACGUAGAAGCACACGAAGAUACUGGAUCAGUCCAUUUAUUACCUUAAGAAAUAGUGACGGCCUUUUUUUUCUUAAAGAAUAUCGAGAGUUGGUCUUAGACGAAAAGAGGUUUUAUAAUUUUUUUCGAAUGAGUGUGCCCACUUUCGAAAGUUUAUUGGUAGCCUUAGAGCCACAUAUACGGAAACAGUAUACUAAUAUGAGAAAUCCUGUGGAGCCAAUAGAAAUGCUAGGAAUCACUUUGAGAUACCUAGGAAGCGGAAAUUCGAUAAAAGAUUUAGAAUUCAAAUUCAAACGUGGGAAAUCUACAAUUGCUUGUAUGAUAUUGAGAGUAUGUGAAGCUAUAUGGAAACAUCUUCUUCGAGACCACAUCCCUGAACUGACAACAGACCGUUUGCAAAUGAUUGCAUCUGAUUUUGACGUCAAAGCAAAUUUUCCUCAUUGUAUAGGGGCAAUCGAUGGAAAACAUAUACGCCUAUGUAAUCCAGCUAAUAGUGGCUCAUUAUUUUUUAAUUACAAAUCUUUUUUUUCUGUGGUGUUGCUAGCUGUAGUGGACUCGAACUACAAAUUUACUUUUGUUGAUAUUGGCGCAUACGGCAAAGAGUGCGAUUCAACUGUUUUUCAAAAUUCAAAACUAUACCAGUUACUGAUUAACGAGACCCUCUCAUUGCCUACUCCCCAGCCACUAUGUGGUUACAAUAGACCAAUACCAUGGGUGUUAGUGGGUGACGAAGCUUUUGGAUUGAGUAAACAUGUUAUGCGUCCAUAUGGUGGUAAAAAUCUCAAUGUACAACAAAAGAUAUUCAAUUAUCGUCUUAGCAGGGCAAGGAGAUAUGUUGAAUGUGCUUUUGGAAUCCUAGCAAAUAAAUGGCGCAUUUUUCAUAGACCGAUAAAUGUGUCCUAUAAUUUUGCAACUACCAUUAUAAAAGCCUGUUGUGUUCUUCACAAUUUUGUGGCCGAUCGGGACGGUCUUCGCCCAAGUGAUAAAUUAGCGAUAAUUUGUGAUGAAUUUCACUCGCUCCAACCUCAAAAUGAUGAAUUGACAGCAGCAAAUAGUAUAAGACAGAGGCACACAGAGGGAUUGAGUGUAUGA